AUGGCCACUCCAAAAGGGGAUGUUUACAGCUUUGGUGUUGUGCUUCUUGAGCUAGUAACUGGUGAGAAACCUACUAAUGUGGCUAAUGCUCCGGAAAGCUUUAAGGGAAAUCUAGUGGAAUGGGUUAUGCACUUAUCGAGUAAUGCACAACUCCAAGAUGCGAUUGACAAGUCUUUGAUUGGGAAGGGUUCUGACAGUGAACUUCUUCAGGCUCUUAGCAUCGCACGCAAGUGUGUUUCAUCAACUCCUAAGGAGAGGCCUACCAUGCUUGAAGUAUACCAAUUCUUGAGAGCUAUUGGUGAGCGAUAUGAUUUUACCACCGAGGAUGAGAUUUUUAUGCCAUCAGACAGUGGUGAUGUUAAUUAUCUUCAGGAACUUAUUGUAGCUCAAGAAACUAAAGGAAAAUAG